GAAUAAUGCAAAUCUUUAAAAUUCGAUAACUUCGUUCAUAGAUUUGUUAUCCGAUUUUGAUCAAAUUUUCAGCAUUUUUCUCUUUGAAUUUUUAUUGAGAUAUGGGAUAUAGAUAUCUCCAGCCUGGACCAUAUUAAACGCAUUCACAAAGACAUUUUUAUUGAAGGCGAUGCAAUUUAUUUUAUGCAAUAUAUCGCUUGCUUGAAGAUACUGUCGACUAAAAGUUUUAAAAAGAAGGGUCUGUACUGUGUCUGCAGACUACAUGCCUAGUUUGCGCCAUCAAUUCGAGCUGGCUCGGUCUUUUGAACAAAGACUACGACCCGACGGUACUAAACGAACAUGGCGGACGAAUGUUACUGUUCACGGUCGGGAAGUGAAUCUAAAUAAAGAAAAUAAACAGAAGUCUGUUGAUUGAGGAAGGCAAACAAUGUCAGGGGUCCCAGGAGGUGGUGUCCAGACUCCAGCGAUCCCCGUCCCUCAGGGUCUCCCUCCAGUAGGAUUAAGCAUGCCUGGCGUCCAAACCCCCAACCCCGGAGGACCAGGAGGCAACAUGAUGGGUGCUCCGGCCCAGGCAGCCGGGAUGCAGAUGGUUCCAAUGCAACCCCAGGUAGCAGGAGGAGGGGCCAGCAUAUCAUUGGGCCUGCUCCUGGAACAUCUUGUCCAGAAGACAUACCAUGAGCUCACUGUUUUGGCUGAACUAUUACCGCGUAAGAUGGACAUGGAAAAGAAAAUUGAGAUCGUGAAAUUCGCCCGGAGUACAAGGCAGUCGUUUAUCCGCCUUUUGGCUUUGGUCAAGUGGGCUGGCAGUGCAGCCAAGGUGGACAAGUGUGCGGCAAUUUCGUUAUUUUUGGACCAGCAAUCGUUUUUGUUUGUAGACACUGCUGACAUGCUUUCAAGGAUGGCCAGGGAAAACCUUGUACAUGCCAGGUUGCCAAACUUCUGUCUACCCCAUGCCGUGGAUGUACUAACCAUGCGCCAAUACAAGCGUAUGCCGGCAUGCAUCAAAGAGCGUAUUGUCCCACCUGAUCCCAUCACCUCAUCAGAGAAGGAGACGGUCCUUCAUCGAUUGGAUCAGAUUAUCCAGCAUAGAUUAGUGACUAGCGAACUCCCUCCACAGCUUGCUAAUCUCACAAUUGAGGACGGUAGGGUCAAGUUUCGAGUUCCUCAAGAAUUUGAGGUUACACUGACAUUAAUGGAGGAUAACAAGACUAUUCCUUGGAGGCUUCUCAAUAUUGAAAUACUGGUGCAAGAUCCUGAUACUGGAGAUGGAAAAGCCCUGGUUCACCCUAUACAGGUCAUGUGCAUUCAUCAGUUAGUCCAGUCAAGGCUGUUUGGUGACGACAAACCCCUAGUCGACAUGUACAACGUAUUACACACCUUUUGCCAGUCCUUGCAGCUUGAGGUUCUAUAUUCACAGGUGCAAAGGCUGAUCAGCGAGAGAUGGGGAGAGCAUGUUGUAAUCGAUAAAUACACUGCCGGGGAAUGCCUAAUCAUGUCAUACUGGAGAUCACAAAGCCUACAUACUUCUAAGAAGGCCGAGUUAUACAAGCUGACAGUGAGCAUUGAUGAUGAUGACGUAGCUAAGCCUCUUCAAGUAAUGCAUGACCCUCCGCUUGAUAUGGUAGAUGCUGUCCGUGUCAAUCAGGCUAUUAGGUGUGAUCAUCUAUCCGUUGAGAGGCUCCUUGUAGAGACUGUCCUGGUCAGGUCAAGAAUCAAACUCAAGGGAUUACAAGAAGAACUGGAGAAGGACCUCCCUGGAGUCAAAUGUCAUGUUGAAGGUUCUCCCUCGCUGUUAUAUAUCCCUGUUGUAAAGCCAUGCAGCGAUGACGAGCAGCUUGUGGUAUCCGUUGAUAUGCAGACUGGAUCAUUUAUACCAAGCAUUGCACAUUGUGGGACUACACUCUUAGAUGAGAUAGAUAACAGUCUGAAUCAUGAACGUAGUAAAUUGGAAUCUCUCAUCGCAAAGCUCAGGGUUUUGUUGUACAUGCGUCAUUGUCAAUACUCCGUCUCUAUGCUGCCUGUCACCUUCAUGAAGGAGCUCCCUCUUGUGACGGUGUCACCCGAUCAUCCGCUGAAACGUCUCUUGCCAAACUAUAUCUACCUACGACUCACUCAGCAUCCUCAGUAUUAUGUGGUCGUAGACUUUGCCCUUGGAAAGGGGUUAAGUGACUUUGUUUGCCGGUACCAUCUGAUGCGUUGUAGUUCCGUCGCGUACGUCGACACUCAGAACGUACCCCAGGGUGGGACUACCCCGACCAAUCAGAAGGAAGCUAGCGAGACCACAGAGAAGUACCUCCAACCAGACGCAUUUGUUGAUCUGGAUCAUUCCACUAUAUUGCGGGGGCCAGAUACAUAUGUAGAAGACCUGGGUGAAUAUGAUGACGAAAAUAAAAGAAAGGUUGUUUACACAUCGACAGGGAAGCCCAAGAAGAAGAAAUUGACAAGUCAUUGUGAAUUCUUCAACUACACGCUCUCUCACGUCAUCUCAUUAUGCAAUAUACGCAUACCGUUCAUCAAACUCUGCGAAGAGCUGUCGGAAAACAACCUCGCCCACCAGGGUAUUCAAGUGGAAGGGGAAGGCGUCGGGCUCGUCAUCAAGCUCUGCUCACUCCCACCAUGUAAAGGCGUUGCCAAGGAAACCAGUACAGCAUUGAAUGCUGCCCUCUUGGACUGUUCAUUUAGACUUCAUAAGAAUCAGCAUGGCAUGUGGCAAGUUCAGAUGGUCUUUGCAAACUGUCCUGUUACUAGCUGUUCCACCAGAGAACAGGGUUCCACACGCCUCGUCUACUUGUUCUACAAGGUGCUAGGCAUGCACUCCGUGGUCAAGCAGUUCCUGCGCGACUGGGACUCCAUCGGCCGCCUGUAUCAUUUGACCCUUGACCUGCCAAUAUGGCUGCCCUAUCUGACUCUGUCUCAUUCUUCGCGCUCGGGACUGAUACAAGACAACCCUCCAUUCACAACGUUGGUGGAUAUUCAGUCGUUCACAUACCAGAAGAUCACUAUCGCAUAUGGAAAGGACAGAUCAAGCACUGUUAUGGUGUAUUGGGAUCCAGAUAGUCUGAAGUUUCGUCUUAGUUUCAGUGCCGUGGGUUCCACCUCGACAGCUAACUGUCACCUCAUGGUCCAGUCUUACUUAGAACAUGAAUUGAACGAAGAACAAAGUCUCCCAAAACUUAUCAAGAGUCUAUGUGAAAGUCAAGGACCCCUGCAUUCAAUCUGCAAACUCCCCUUGAUCCCAUCAUUGGGUCUGAUCGCGGCAACCAGCCAGGUGGCCGGGCCUAUCCAUAAGUUUGCUCUCUGCCCUCAAUCCAGCACACAUUAUCGGAUGGUCUUCCACAAUGCGUUCUGCUUGGAUGUUCAUUGCAAAGGGAAGAAUACUGUUGCUGUCAGAGAUGGUGCAUUUAGUUUGUUUGACGUGAGGAAAGUUGUUGAAGGUCUCUACACUGUACCUAAUCUCAAGGCUUUUCUGGAGCUAUUCAUCGAUGAGACGGUCUCCUACCACCAUCAGCACCGUAACAGCCGUACCCUCCCGGCAAACGAGGACGACGGCAACCCUCUGUCACCGAUGAACAUCGAUGCAGGCCCCACCCCGCCGGACCCGUACCUCCCCACUCAAGUCUCGGCGGGUUACCCCUCCGGAGCCUCGCCCAUGUCGAGGGCGGGGCUGGGUCAGAGCGGGUCAGGGGGCUUUGCUUACCCCAUGACCCCACCCACAGGACCGGGAGGACCGGGAAGUAGCAAUCCGGCCACCCCGGCCUCACCCCAUACGUCGGUCUUAUCGCAACAGCAUUAUGCAAUGUCUCCUGGUGCAUACCCUCUAGCCUCACCUCCAUCCAUCCCUGGACCUUCCCCAUCCGCCGUCAUGAAGGGAACCCCAUCACCAGGUUUAGUUGAAGGAGGUUCUCCGUUCACUUCUUCAAUGGGCCUGACCAUGCCGUCCCCCGGAUCCCGUCAGUGGCCCGGGAGUCCCUCCAUGCCCGGGCCCUCCCCCGUCCAGCGCUUUGGUAUGGCCCAGUCACCAGGCAGCAUGGGAGCAUCCACUCAUUCUCCGGGGAGUAGCGGCAUGACGGGCCAGCCGGGACAAAUUGUUCAACGCCAGACGAGGGUGCUCCCGCCGCGUAACCUGGCCACCUCCUUGCCUACCAUUCUCUCCCACGAGGCGCUCAAUCGUAUGUUCACCCCAGCGGCCAUCCACGGGACGCCGACUACGCCGAGUACCUACCUCUGUGCUCCGAUAGAACGCUUCCUUGGAUCAACUUACCUUCAAAGGCAUCUCAAGAGGGUUUUAAACGCUGAACAGACCCAGACGUUGCAAGCUGCAGAACAAGGAUGCAGAGUAAAGCUGAGUUUGCUGCCCCCUAGUGAUCAAGGUUUCCAUUUCAAGAAUGAUUCGCUGAUAUUCCGUGUUUGGUUGAACCCCGCCCAUAUGCAGCAGCUCCAUCUACAGGCCAAGCAAACACCAGAUGCCAAAGAACGGUGGAGUCAGGAGGAACUACAGGUCAUUGAACUUUACUUUGAAAACAAGGUUGCCUGCCCACCGUUCAAACCCAGAGCUAUCACAUCCUUUGCCCGUAUGUUGGGUGCCAUGCCUGGCGUCUUCAAGGACCUGAUCCAGCUGAUGCAUCUGGAGCUCCAGCCAGACCCGUCGUUGAAGUGGUCAAUGCAGCUCUGCCUGACCGUGCCCCAAGGACAGACCUUUGCCACGGCCGGCAUCCCAGCUGUGGUCAUCAAGACCAAAAUGCUCCUAUUUAUCCAGCUGCGUAGGCAGGACAACGCCCCCAUGGUCGGUCAGGAAGCUCCUUCGGUCAUCGUCCCCGUGCUGUACGACAUGCAAGCAAACACCACCCAACACAUCUCGGCCAUCAAACCUUCCGUUCCUACCAGUCAGAACGAUGGUACAAUUGCCACCAUGCUUAGGAGAUGGGCGGAAUUCCCCAACAAUCCUGAGUGCACCUUGUUUCCUGCUAUCAGAGAUCUUAUGGCAAAUCUCAUCUUACCAAUGUGAAGGCUUCCAAUCUGAUGGGAUAUUCAAGGGAAAAAAGGAUAAUUUGUCUGAUAUUUUGCGCGUUUAUUGAAAGUCAAUCAUGAUUUAGAUAGUUGAACCGAGACAGUUGAGGAUAUCAAGAUUUGUAAAAAGGUUUGUAGGCUAACACCGUCAUGGCUAAACCCACUAGGUCUUCUAGCAGAUGUCCAAUCCUCAAGACUGGCUAAUACCAUCAUGGCAAAACCCGCUUGUCAAAGUGGGCGUAGACCGAGUGGCAAUUUACAUGAAACAGGGUAUGUAGUCCUCGUCCUGCAAAAGUAUUUCAUGUGCUGAAAGGUUUAAAACUUCAUCUUCGAGUGGGAAACAUCUUUUACUGGAUGGAGGAAAAAAGAACAAAGGACAACUCUCAAAACUGAAAAGGUGAACUAUGAUAACGCCAUUGCUGUUUACCAUCAGGGAUGUCCCCACCAUUUUGGACUAGACAUUCUUGCCCCACUUGUUCCUGAUAUUAGCAACAACAACGUUUGCCAAUUUGAGGAUCCCAUAGAAAGUACACAAAUUUUCAGAUUUUCCCCUUUAUUUUUUUCAUAUUUCACAUUAUCCUCCCCUGACCUCGACAUAUGUGGUGUGAAUCAUAUUUUCCCAUGACAUAUGUUGUGCUCAUAAGGAGGCAAGAUGCUAUUUGAAAGAUAAUGAGGAAAAUCUGAAAAUUUGUGUACAAAACAAAACAAUUUCAGGAUCCCCAUAGAAAAUACAACAAGAUGAAAAUAGGAUGUAUAACCUCUGUGUUAGCUCAGUUGGUAGAGUUUCCGUCUCAACAACCGGGAAGUUGGGAGUUGCUGCUACCCUGUUUGGCAUUCAACAUUAAAUCGAUAGAGCCUUGUAGACCUAGGUCAAAACAAAACAAAUUUUCUGAGUAUUUCUACAAACAAUAAAAUAUGGAUUGGCUUGGAUAACUUGAACAAUUUAUGUAUGUGCAAACAAUGUUGGGAGACUCCAUCUUGAAAUUUUAGAUUGUAGCAUUGAAUUUUCAAAUUGUCGUUAUCAUGUACAAAUAAUUGGCUAUAGAUUAAUAUGUUUGUAUAAAUAGAAUCAAUAAAGUAUUGUUGUAUGUCUUACUUGCAGAUAAAACUUUUUUUCACAUACGUGAGAUUUCACAGCACAUGAAUGUUAUUCAUGGGAGCAUUGAAAACGAGAUAAUUUAUUUUAUUGUCUGAACAUGCUUAAGUUGGAAAAGGUGGAAGUAAGUUGAAGAAUUAAAUACUUGAUAAUUAAUCAUUUCUCUUUCCUGUUUUGGAAUUUGUCAUCAUCGGUGUUUUGAGUCCUAAAAUAACACCUAUAACAUUCCAGGUCUCCCUUGAAAUUUAGGGAUAAGUGACAUUUGAAUAAAAUGUGGUAAUAAAGAUGGUAAUGUGAUGUUUCCCCAGAUAUUCAAGUAAUUCAUUGAAUAUGAAAAUUGCAUAAUGCGGAGUUAAAAGCAGUUAGACUAGAUUCUCUAUGUACCGUGGCUGGCUGUAUUUGCCACAAAGAGGUUGAAGUCUAGUCUUCUCUCUAGACAUAGUUAUUGGUUAGAGUGUCAAAUAUGAGUCUGCUUGCAGACUAAUUAAUGGUCUUGUCUAAAUAAUUGUUUUUCUUUGAAGAUACCAUCAACUGGACCACUCUGGAGUAUGAGAUAAUUUUUCAACAGAGUAAAUUUGUUGCUUGCAAACCAAAUGUUCUGAUUUCAUUACAGGUAUUGUGUAUUAAAAUCAUGGAGUCAUUUCAAAUUCACAUUGAAAUAUUGAAAGAUACAUGGUAAACCAUAAAUCCAAAUACAAGAAUUCCAGUAAAAGUAAGGAAUAUAUAAAAAUCCUAGAAUUGUUUUCUUUGCUACCCAUGGAUGUAAAUGGUUUAGAUUAUAUCUCUAAUAACUAUAUCACUGUAUGUUUGUUAUUAUUUGUACUUUUUACGGCAUGUAAGUUUAUUUGAAGUUAUGUACAUCAACUCUUGUCAAGGGAAUAAACAUGACUUCAGAAACAGAUAAA